AUGGGUGCAUUGCUAUCGAUCCCCUUCCUUACCGGUGGUAUAGGAGCCAUAGGCUCAUCCCUCUUCUCGGGAUGUAUGAUCUUCAUGGGUGGAACGGCAGCUUCGGCGUUCUGCAAAUCAUGUAACUGCAAUUCUUCGAUAGCUACCAGAGUAGGAUUUGGGUUGAUAUUCGCCUUGUCGUCCAUGUUGGCCUAUCUAUCCCGAACGGAUAUAGCUAUUAAGCAACUAGAGAAACUGAGUUGGGACUGGAUCAAGAUGGAUUGUUCAGGUGGAAAGUGUUAUGGGCUGCUUGCUGUUCAUCGAUUCUGCUUUGCUCUUGCUUUAUUCCAUCUGUUGCUCUCUGCUACUCUCAUCGGAGUGAGAUCAACAAAGACAAAACGAGCAGCUAUUCAAAACGGAUGGUGGGGACCUAAACUCCUGCUCUACUUCCUCUUAUCCUUCUUAUCAUUCCUAAUUCCCAACGAAUUCUUCAUGUUCUAUGGAUCCUACAUCGCUCCGAUCGGUGCAUGCUUGUUCAUUCUGAUCGGUCUAGUCCUUUUGGUGGACUUUGCUCACACAUGGUCGGAAACAUGUCUAGAUAAUUGGGAAAGGGGUGAAUCAAGUUUAUGGCAAUUCAUAUUAGUCGGAUCAACAUUCGGAAUGUUCGCUGCCUCUAUCACACUCACGACUCUUCUCUACGUCUUCUUCGCUGGAUCAGGUUGCGGGACCAACACAUUCUUUAUCACUUUCAACUUGAUCUUAUCCCUCAUCGUUACUGUUUUGGCUAUCUCCCAUCCAGUUCAAGAAGCCAACCCUAAAUCCGGUUUAACCCAAGCAUCCAUGGUAGCUGCGUACUGUACCUACCUUACUGCAUCGGCUGUAGUCAAUCACAAAGAAGAAGGACACUGUAAUCCCCUCCAUGCAAGUGGAGGAACGAAAACUACCACAGUUAUCGUCGGAGCGUUAUUUACUUUCUUGGCUAUUGCUUAUUCGACUUCGAGAGCUGCAACACAAUCCAAAGCAUUGGUAGGAAAAGGUCACAGAGCAGGAGCGAUUGCUUUACCUACAGAAUCAACGGAAGAAGAUGGUGAAGUUAGGAUGGUCACGAAUCAGCCUAAAGGACGAAGGGAUGAGAUGAGAUAUCAAGCGAUACUAGCCGCUGUCAAUGCCGGUUCUCUACCUGCUAGUGUGCUUGAUGAACCGGAAGAUGACGAUGAUGAGAUUGGAGCGACAAUAGGUGAAGAAAGGGAUGACGAGAGAGGCGGUACGAAAUAUAACUACUCAUGGUUCCACAUCAUAUUCGUCAUGGCGGCAAUGUACGUCGCGGGAUUGUUGACAGAUUGGGCGAUCAUCUCUACAUCGCCGGUGGCUCACCCUACCGACCCCUUCACAUCUCUCGACGUAGAUGAACCUGACGUUUACAUUGGUCGAUCAGAGACUACCAUGUGGAUGCGAGUGAUAAGUUCCUGGCUGUGCUACGCUCUUUACUCGUGGAGUCUGUUAGGUCCCGUAUUGAUGCCUGAUCGAUUUGGGGAUGCUUAA